CAAAAAAUGAUCAAGUUAAUUUUUGAACAGACAGAAGAUAGUUGAAUAAAAAGUUUUUUGUCAAGAAAAAAAAAUGCAUUCCUUCAAAUCAGCAUUGCUAUUUGUUACUUGCAUAUCAUAUACUUUGGCGCAAUUGGAUUCAUAUAAUCAGUUAACAUCAACUGAUUUGCAAGAAAAUUGUGAAAAUAAUAAUGUUAAUUUAACAGAAUUAGCAACAAUUCAUGAAAAAGUCAAUAGUUUACGUGAAAAAAAAACAGAUGAAAUGACAAUUAAAGAUGCUUUAAAAACUGAUGACAAUUGUAUGGGCUCUGAACUAAAGACUUUACUUCAAGAAGAAAUGAAAAUUGUACAAAAAUGUCUUAAGGGAAAUAUUACUCUAUCAAAAGAUGACAUUAACACUUUAAUUACUGAAAGUAUAAAAAGAUUAUGUGCUUUGUCUCGACUAACAUCAUUUGAACAUACACUCAGCUCUUGUAUUGACACUGAUAAACAGUCUGAAUGUGAAACUAAAGUAUUGGAACCAGUUGAGUCAUUAGAAAAUACUGAAGAGUUUGCUAAUUUAGGAUUGUCGUAUUCCAAAGCACAAAAACAAAUAUGGGAAGAUUUGUUCAAGUGCUCAACAAAAGCAAUUGAGAAUUGUUCUGAAGAAGAGAAAAAGACGCAUUUGAAACUAACUUCGAAUACAAUAGAUUUACAUAAAACUAAAAAUUAAAUCUUCACAGUUUAUAUGCAGAUAUUUGUAAAAUAAAUAUCUGAAAUUCGAAAAAAAAAAUUGUUAUAUUAAUUUAUUCCAUGAAAAUAAAAAGUUUAAUUUAAACUAUCA